UUAAUUUGAGAACCUUUUAUAGACUGGAUCAAUAGAAUUACUUAUAUAUUUUGUUUUAUUUUAAAUUAAGUGAAUAGUUAACUUGAAAUGGUAUUUUUAUCAAUCGUUAAUUUUGUCCGCAGUCGAGGGCCGGAUGAGUUUUGGAGAAAAAGAAAGAUUUUCAAAAUGUCAGCGCAUUUUGUUGGUCGACGAAGAAAUUGUUAUUCUGUUGCAAUACGAAACGUUCACCAUGCUCUAGUUUAUGCAACAAAAGGCAGAAAAUUAAAAAAAAGUGAUAUGUCAGAGUUAUGGCAAACUAGGGUGGAAUCCGGUUGCGCUCAGUAUGGUGUGCCAUACUGGACAUUUAAAGAAGCUCUUUAUCGUCAAGAUAUUUUAUUAAACAAGAAAACUUUAUCCGAUUUAGCAAUUUGGGAACCAAAAUCUUUCGAAGCCAUUAUUAAUAUUGCUAGGAAUUAUGCCUUAACAAAUGAUUUGCCUUUAACAAGAGGUUAUUCCGCUAUGGAACAAAUAUACAACUUGGAACCAGAUAAAAAAUAAUGAUCGUCUUCAUUUGAAGAUACAUAAGUAAAAUCCUGUAUAUUUAUAAUAGCAAAUAAACACAAAUUUA